GAAACUGAAUGAUUUCGCCAUUUCGGUCAAACAAGCGUCAAAAGUCAAACUGUUGAUCCUUCUUGCUCAAGAAAGUUAGAGAAAUCAACCAAUUUUAUCAUCAAAAGCACUCCUUUCUGGUACCACUACUGAAAGCAGCACAGCACCGGAAGAGCUGGAGAAGACGAAGAAUCUGACAACAAUGAUUAGCACAAAAGAGGCAGAGAAAGAUAAGAGGCAGGAAUUUCGGGACGAUGAAAAAGACCAAGCAACAGUAAUAACAACAGCAGAUUCAGCAGUAGAAGUACAUGAAGGCAAAGGAACAUGGAAGCACGCAGCUUUUCACGUUGCAACAACCAUCGCUACACCUGCUGCUUAUGCUCCUUUACCUUUUGCUCUUGCUUCUCUCGGUUGGCCUCUCGGUGUUAGUAGUUUAGUGGGUGCAACAUUGGCCACAUGGUAUUCGAGUUUAUUGAUUGCGUCUUUGUGGAGAUGGAAUGGAAAGAAGCAGAUUACUUACAGGCAUCUUGCAAAGAGCAUCUUUGGAUUCUGGGGUUAUUGGUCCAUUGCAUUUUUUCAGCAGGUGGCUUCUUUGGGCAAUAACAUUGCCAUUCAAAUUGCUGCUGGGAGCAGUCUUAAGGCAGUUUACAAGUACUAUCACGAAGAUGGUGGACUAACCUUGCAGCAUUUUAUUAUUUUCUUUGGAGCUUUUGAACUUUUCCUUUCUCAGCUUCCUGAUAUCCACUCGUUGAGAUGGGUCAAUGCCUUAUGCACUUUCAGCACAAUUGGCUUUGCUGGAACUACGAUUGGGGUGACAUUAUACAAUGGUAGAAAGAUCAAUAGAAAUUCCGUAAAUUACAGUUUGCAAGGAAGCUCCUCUCUCAAAACAUUUAAAGCUUUCAAUGCUUUGGGGGCAAUUGCCUUUUCAUUCGGUGAUGCAAUGCUUCCAGAAAUACAACAUACGUUGAGAAAGCCUGCAAAAAAGAACAUGUAUAAAGGUGUAUCAGCGGCAUAUGGAAUUAUUAUCUUGACUUACUGGCAACUAGCAUUCUCUGGAUAUUGGGCAUUUGGAUCAGAAGUCCAGCCUUAUAUUGUGGCGUCUCUCACCAUCCCAGAAUGGACAAUCGUUAUGGCAAAUCUCUUUGCUGUUAUUCAAAUAUCAGGAUGCUAUCAGAUAUAUUGCAGGCCAACAUAUGCCUAUUUCGAGGAAAAGAAGCUAUGGAGAAAUUCUAAUUGCAUCCCCUUCAAAUACCGUCUAAUUCGUCUAGUUUUUACCUCCAUUUACAUUUUUCUCAUCACUCUCAUUGCUGCAGCAAUGCCUUUUUUUGGUGAUUUUGUGUCAAUAUGUGGUGCCAUAGGAUUCACUCCUCUGGAUUUUGUCUUCCCUGCAAUAGCACAUCUGAAAUCUGGAAAAAUGCCCCAAAAGACUAAAUUCCGUGCUUUAAUGCAACUUGUUAAUUUUGCAAUAGCUACCUGGUUCUCAAUUGUGGCAUUUUUGGGUUGCAUUGGUGCUGUUAGGUUUAUUGUUGAAGAUAUCAGGACAUAUAAGUUUUUUCAUGACAUGUAAGAAAUCCAUAUUGUUGUGAUCAAAUUUCUAUAUUUUCAUUUUUGUACUAAAUUAAUUGUUGUAAUAGAGUCUCAAAACUUACCAUGUGCUGUUUAUCCACGAGAAGACUUACCUACACUCAGUAUAUGAGCUCACUUGUACACAAACUAAUUGAAAAAGCAAAAGAACAAGUAAUGUAUUUUGAAUUGAGACCGAGUUCUUACAAA